UUCUGUCUGAUAAACCCUACUACAGUCCAGGGUUCUACUGCUGAGCUGAGUUUGUUGAAGAAGAAGAUGCUGAAGCAGAAGAGUAAGAAGCUGACUCCGACGACAGAGGAAGUCUCCGGCGAAGAGAAGACGAAGAAGAGCAGCAGCUCGAAGGAUGGUGAGAUAUUCGCCGAUUGCUCAUUCUCCAGCCUCGGCCUGCACGCUGGCUUAUGCGACCAGCUCAAAGAGAGGCUCGGUUUCGAAGUGCCGACUCAGGUCCAAGCCCAGGCGAUUCCAAUCGUCCUGUCCGGCCGUCAUGUGCUGGUGAAUGCGGCUACAGGCUCCGGGAAAACCAUUGCCUAUUUGGCACCUAUAAUUCAUCACCUGCAGAAGAUGGAUCCUCGAAUUCAACGGUCUGAUGGAACCUUUGCGUUGGUUCUUGUACCAACGCGUGAGUUGUGCAUGCAGGUCUAUGAAAUUUUGCAGAAAUUGUUGCACCGGUUCCAUUGGAUUGUCCCUGGUUACAUAAUGGGUGGUGAGAACAGGUCCAAAGAGAAGGCUAGGCUGCGGAAAGGCAUAUCUAUUCUUGUGGCAACUCCUGGACGCCUUUUGGAUCACCUAAAAAAUACGUCGUCUUUCUUGCACACAAAAUUGCGCUGGAUAGUUUUUGAUGAAGCGGAUAGGAUUCUUGAAUUAGGAUUUGGCAAAGAGAUAGAAGAGAUACUGGACAUACUCGGCUCCAGGCAAGAUGGAUCUGAUGAGGGAAAGAGGCAGAAUUUACUUCUAUCUGCUACCUUGAAUGAGAAAGUAAAUCGUCUUGCUAAAAUCAGCCUAGACAAUCCAGUUUUGUUGGGCCUAAGCGAGAGAGCAGUGUUAGAAACACCAGCGGGACGAUCUGGGUCUUUGGAAUCUGAUAAUGAUGAGGAUUUAGAAAAUGCAGGGGAUGCUAUUAUCGCACCCACAGGAGAUUAUAGACUUCCUACACAAUUAGUCCAGACUUAUGCAAAGGUGCCUUGUGGUUCACGACUUGCAGUGCUUCUUUCUGUUCUGAAGCACCUCUUUGAGAAAGAACCAUCUAAUAAGAUUGUGGUAUUCUUUUCAACCUGCGAUGCGGUAGAUUUCCACUACACCCUGUUAUCAGAAUUUCGUUGGGCUCCUUAUGGACUACAAGAGGCAGAAUCAAAACAGAAGUUUCUGAGAUGCAAGACUUUCCGCUUACAUGGCAAUAUGCAGCAGGAGGACCGGAAAAAGACAUUUCAGACAUUUAAGGAGGAAAAGUCAGCUCUACUGCUGUCAACAGAUGUUUCUGCUAGAGGCCUUGACUUCCCUAAAGUCAGGUGUAUCAUACAGUAUGAUUCUCCUGGGGAGGCCACUGAAUACGUGCACCGGGUUGGCAGAACAGCCCGAUUGGAUAAAAGAGGAGACUCACUCUUGUUCUUACAACCUGUUGAAAUAGAUUACUUGAAGGACCUCGAGAAACACGGUGUUUCACUAACAGAGUAUCCCAUCGUGAAGGUAUUGGACAGUUUCCCAUUGCGCGGUCAGAAAUUCCAUGCGCAGAAGUUUGUUGCCCUGGACACACAUCCUUGGGUUCUAUCUCUUCAAAAGGCACUCGAGUCAUUUGUGUCAACUGAGGCAAAUAUAAAUAAGCUGGCAAAGAGUGCAUAUUGUUCGUGGACUCGUGCAUAUACAGCCCACCGGGGGGAGCUCAAGAGAAUAUUCAUGGUGAAGAAACUCCACAUAGGACAUGUAGCCAAGAGCUUUGCUCUGAAAGAGCAACCCUCUUUGGUCGUCAAAUCGUUCCAGAAGAAGAGGAAGAGAGAUCAGGGGCAGAAGGGCUUGGGCAAGAAGAGGAAGGUCAGCGGCAAAACAUGAGACCUCCAAAGCCUGUUAGGGCUAACAAUCCAAGCCAACAUCACGUUUGGUAAUUAAGAAUGGUCGGAGAAUGGAACGGAAUUGGCAUACUAAAUGUGACCUGUGUUUCAGUCCAUACUAAUCUUGGCCUAACAAUGUCAGGUGGGAAAAUAUGAUUCUACGGAAUGUUCUGCUUUCAGGAACCGAGCUAGGCAGUUGUAUCCCAAGUAGUUUCGGAAUUUACUUUUACAUGGCAAGAGAGAUUCUGGUUUAUAGGCGUUGCUUGUAUCUGUUUAGUAACUACAAGCAGAAGUUUUGACAGGGGUGUGAUUAUAUUUUUUGGUCCCUACCAGGGCAUGUUUCUUGUAUAUGUUCGAUACACUGCGCGCCCUCUAGCAAAAAAUCUUUGUUCUUGUAAUCAUUUAUCCAUCGAA